AUGGCGAACCUCAAGACUUUAUUCCGCGCGGGAGCGGAAAAGGCGCCGAAAGCGUUGGCGCCGGCUGCGACAAAGGAGGAGAGAAGCCUGGUGAGAAGGCUGGACAUUUUUCUGUUGACGUUUGGGUGCAUUUCGCAGAUUAUCAAGUUUUUGGACCAGUCGAACAUAAAUAGUGCGUAUGUGUCGGGUAUGAAGGAGGAUUUGGGACUCUGGGGAAAUGAGCUGAAUCUCUUCACGACCUAUUUCAACAUUGCGUACUGCAUCAUGUUGAUUCCCUCUCAAAUCAUCAUGACGUACGUCCGACCGAGUUGGUGGCUGCCCUCGCUGGAAGUCAUUUGGGGCAUCAUAACCGGUUUGGUGGCCAUGACCACGAGCGCAAAACAAGUGUACAUCCUGCGAGUAUUUCUGGGCUUGUGCGAGAGCGCAGCCUAUCCUGGCAUGAUUUCCCUAUUUAUGUCGUGGUAUACGCCCUUGGAAAUGGCGAAACGAAUCGGCUUCUACCAUUCCUGCCAAGCAGUCGGCCAAAUGAUGUCAGGAGCAAUGCAAGCAUCAAUCGUAAACACCAUGGACGGGAGAUACGGUCUCGCAGGCUGGAGGUGGAUGUUUGUCAUCAACGCCAUCAUUACCGUGAUUUGGGGCUUCGCAGGCUACAUCAUGAUUCCGGAUUCGCCGCAGAACCCCAACCCCUGGGCCUUUUGGUUCAAGCGCGUUCAUUCAGAGCAUGCUUUGCAACGACUCGAGCGGGAGAACAGAUUGGAUGCGAAGCCUAUUACUUGGGCUGCGGCAAAGCGCACAUUUUCUACGUGGCUGGUGUAUGUCAUUGGCGUGAUGUACAUUGCCAUGGUUCUCGGAACAUCGGGAUACAACUACUUUAAUCUGUUCUUGAAGUCUAUCAAGAAUAGCGAUGGUUCGGCGCGAUGGACUACCGUACAGGUCAAUCUCAUCCCGAUAGGCGGCAGUGCCAUCAACGUCGUUUUUGUUUGGAUCUGGGCGUUCUUGUCCGAUAUAUUGAGAACCAGAUGGACACUCAUCGUAGCGCAAGCCAUUAUUGCCAUUAUGGUAGCAAUCAUUCUCAGCAUUUGGACGACCAACCCCAGCGGCACUCCCUUAUCAGCCGCAUAUGCCGGCUACUUCAUGGCCCAUAUUCCUCUUGGUACAGCGCCGCUCAUCUGGGCAUGGUUGUCCGACCUUGCACCCCAAGAGCCCGAGGAGCGAUCUCUCACUGUCGGCGCCGCCAUCGCAGGCUAUUACUCCAUCUCGGCUUGGAGCCAGGUGCUCGUGUGGCCGGCCAGCCAGGCACCAUACUAUAAAUAUGGUUGGCAGUCGUCUAUUGCGGUUUGCACGCUUGUGGUUGUGCUGGCUGUUGCCUUGCGCAUUGUCGAUGUCAAGUUUCUCAAGCCGAAGCGGGAGGCAGCAAUGGCGGUUGCAAUGAAGGAGGAGCCGGUUCCUGAGAUUACUGAGGAAGAGGCAAAGGAUGAUUCGAGGGGCGAAAUUCGACCCGUUUGA